AUGCCUCUCGACGGAGUCAAGAACAUUGUGCUGGUCCUCUCCGGCAAAGGUGGCGUCGGCAAAUCUUCCGUCACCUUACAACUCGCCCUCGCACUCUCUCUUCAGGGUAAAUCCGUCGGUAUCCUCGACAUCGAUCUAACAGGCCCAUCCAUCCCCCGCCUAGUCGGACUCGAAGACGCAAAGAUCACACAGACCCCGCGCGGCUGGCUCCCCGUAUGGGUACACCCGCCGGCAAACACAGCACAAGAUGGCGCACCACCGCGGGGCGCAUUGCGGUGCAUGUCUCUGGGUUUCCUCCUACGUGAUCGAGGAGACGCGGUGAUCUGGCGUGGGCCCAAGAAAACCGCUAUGAUCCGCCAGUUUCUAUCGGACGUUUCCUGGGGUCCCACGGAUUAUCUGCUCGUGGAUACCCCGCCCGGCACGAGCGAUGAGCAUAUAGCGUUGGCGGAGCAGCUGUUGACGCUGGCUUCGACGGACCCGGCUGUGGCGUCUACGGGCCGGCCGCGUUUGGCGGGUGCGGUGCUUGUGACGACUCCCCAGGCCGUUGCGACGUCUGAUGUGCGCAAAGAGGUCAAUUUCUGCGUGAAGACGCAGAUCCCCGCGCUGGGUGUGAUUGAGAAUAUGUCCGGUUACACAUGUCCUUGUUGUGGGGAAGUGAGCAAUCUAUUCUCCAGUGGUGGAGGUAAGGUCAUGGCGGAGGAACUGGGGAUCAGAUUUUUAGGUACUGUGCCUGUGGAUGUCAAGUUCGGCGAACUGGUUGAAGGGAAGAUGGUUGUUGAUAGUGACUCCGAUGAGGAAGAUGGGGCUACACAGGCUCAACAGCCGGAGUCCGUCGACAACAGGCCGCUUGUUGAGCGGUACAGGGACUGCUGGUCAUACUCUCGAUUUGAGGAAUUUGCGAAGACAUUAAUAUCUCACAUUGAGGAGGAAAGCGCGGCGAGUUGA